CUCAUUCAUUUGUUUCUUCAUUACACAACAGUUAUCAUUUAUUUGAAAAAACUUUCAAUGAUUUUUUAUUGUUUGUCAAAAAUUAGGUCGGCUUCGCUUCCUUUGUAUCGGUUGAAUAAUUGUUUUACAAAAUAUAUCUUGCAACUCGGGCGCUGAUUGGUCGCUGAGGGGAUGCGCUGAGCGCUGAGAGGACCAGAGAGGACGCUCGCUGACGCCAUCUUGAUCAGGAGGAGCAGAGGAGGGGAGCCUCGGAGGCACUCGGAGUGAGCUAUGGCAGCUGAUGGUCAGAGGUUCUGCCUGAAGUGGAAUGACUUCAGGAACAGUGUCACUGCUGUGUUUGAAGACUUGAGGCAGGAUGAAGAGCUGGUUGACAUUACGCUUUGCUGUGAGGGCAAGAAGGUGAAGGCCCACAGAAUGAUGCUUUCAGCAUGUAGUCCAUACUUCAGGGAGCUUCUCAAGGAAAAUCCUUGUCAACAUCCAGUCUUUUUUCUCAAGGACACAACCUAUGUUGAUCUCAAAGCUGUAGUAGAGUUUGUGUACAAUGGUGAAGUGAACGUCACACAAGGGCAGUUGAGCAGUUUUUUGAAGACUGCUGAAAUGCUGCAAGUUCGUGGCUUGACUGGUGAUGAUGAAAAGGAAUCACAAGCACCUGCACAGCCGCCCCCACCUGUGGCACGGCACCCGCCGAUGCAGCCGAUGUCGCAUCAUCCGCCUCCCAGGCACCGGCCGGGGCCGGUCGCCCCGCCCAUGGCGCCGCGCGUGCUGCCACCGACACCGAUGAAGAGGCCACUGGCCGCGCCGCAGCCGGCGCCCACGCCGCCCAAGCGCCCGCCGCCUCCUCCGCCGCCGCCGACCGACUCAGACGUGUACGUGGAGCCGGUGGUGGUGUCCGACUCGCCCGAGCCGCCGCCGCCGGCCUCCCCAGCGGCGGCGCGCGCGCGCCAACCGUCCGGCUCGAGCGGUGGCGGCCCGGCCACGCCGGCCGGCUCCGAGCCGUCCGGUGACGCCGUCCCGUCCCCUGCCGAGUCGGCCACCCAGCCGCCGCCGCCGCCCGCGCCGUCACAGCUGCCGCCGCUGCAGAUGCAGCCGGCGGUACAGCAGCAGCAGCAGCAGCAGAUGUCGGACACAGUGUCGCCGCUGCCGGCCGGCCCGGAAGGACGGGACCCGGCGGUGAAAGUGGAAAAAGUGGACAUUACGGACGAUGAUGUGAGCUUAGAGCAGGCGCUGGGUCAGGUGGUGAACUAUGAGGGCAGCUAUGACUCGGAACAUUCGAUGUCCGGGAUGAUGCACCAUGACCUGAGUCAAGGUGGCGGUGGCCUUCCCCUUCCGGGCACCUCUGACGCGUCGGCGGCCGGAGUCGCGGCAGCUUUCUCAGUGGCGCCUGUGACGGCCGCCUGGUCGGCGACGGGCCGCCAGCAGCACGUGUGCCCGGUGUGCUCCAAGGUGUACGGCAGCGACCGGGCGCUCUACAACCACAUGGGCCUGCACAAGGGGCGCACCACGUGCCCUGUCUGCGGGAAGUGCUUCGGCACGCCCAGCGCCAGGAACCUGCACGUCAAGUCGGUGCACAACCGGCCCGGCGUCUGAGCCGAACCGGACGGCAGUGGUUGGGUGGUUCGUGUUGUGCGAUGGACCACGGUGUGAGACUGGGCAGCAGGCGGCGGCUCAUGCCGAAUGAGCGAGCGGAAUCCCUCGUUGUCUGUUUUGGUAGCAUGUUUUUUCGUGGAACACCUUUAUCGGUAUCUUGUCUGGCAUUGUGUACGCUAGAUGUGUAUAAUAACGAUUUUCAUUUAACGCCGUUGUUUUUUGUUUAUGAGGGUGAAUCAUCACGUACGAUUGUAGGCACAUAAGGCGUCUUACUAUUGCCUAACAAGUGUGGAUAUUUCACAUCUUUCAGCUCCUACAGGUUAUGUCGAUGUGCGCUAGCUAUCUUUCUGUUUCGAUAUUGCAGUUUCUUUCAAUUUCUCUUUAAUUCUCAUUUCCAAUAAUUAUUUAUUGUUAUCCAUCACUAUUAUAAAUGGUUCUGUCGUGUGGCCGUUGUACAAAUAAUACAUUUUGUCUCAUCUGUGUGCAUAUAACUAGUUACCUAAUUAUAACAGUCAUUUGGUCCUCCAAUGUAAUCCCCGACACAAACCGCAGAAAAGAUAAACGAACAUUAUUAGAAGAAGAAAAAAGAACUCUUCCGACUGUAUAUACCUACACAGUUUGACAUUUUUACAUUUUACUUAUGUUUCCAUAUACAUCGGUCAAUCGGUCUCCGGUACUCUGGGUCUCCUGGUACCGGGUCCACGUCCGAUACACACGAUUCCGCGUGCAGCGAAGCGUGCAACAUAUCUUUGCUACCGAGAUAUCCGCCAUCUUCAUGCAGACGAUGGCCCCGCGAACUUUCUUUGUUAGGGAGAAAGGCGGCAUGGUGUGCACUUAGCUGUCGGGCGGUCAGUUACCAUUUGUUUAAUUAAGGCUCAUCUAGUUAAUAUUUUUUCAUGAUAUCACACGUGCUUUGACUUAACUUCAUAAAGAUCCUCUACUGAAAUACUCAACUCUGUAAACCUGUUGUAACUCUUUUUAGUACUAAAAGAAAAAGUGUACCAGAACUUAUGACGCACCCUGUAUGUUGUAGGUAUAUGUUUGUUACUACAAAAAACCGCGUGUUUAAAUUUUGCUUAAAACCUUACUUGUUUGUACAAAAAAGAAAUAGUUUUACUUGUCAAGAAAAUACUGCUUGAAUUAGCUCACCAUCACCAAAAACCUAAUCACUGAAUCACUUUGCAUAGACGUUCAACUAUACACAUGAUAUUUUGAUCGAUUAUCUUCUGGAUUAUUUGCUUCCAUCUUUGUUCUUUUCACUGUGUCUUGUUACCUGUGACGUUAGUGGCUGCCCACGCCCACCUUUCCUGUCCUUUGUUUUAGGCAUGCCCACACCGGCCGAGCACCAAUGCACACUGUGCUCUCGGUCGUUCAGGUCGGUGUCGUCGUGGUACGAACAUCGCCUGUGGCACGAGGGCCUGACGGACUGUCCGCUGUGCGGUCGGCGGCUCAGCAGACUCUCGGACGUGCGACGACACCUGCAUUGUCAACACCAGGUGCCGCGCGAUCAGAUUCAGACGCUCCUGGCGCAGCGGCGGUGAUCAUGGAGCUCCCCCGUGAAUAUGUUCCCGGCCUGAUGUGCGCAGAGGGAUGGAAUGUUUGGUUAUUUUUGCGAUUCCUCACGUUUUGGCGAUUCUCUGUUUUGAUGUGGUUGAAGUUGGUUUACGUCCUGUUGAGCGGAUUGGUGUGUUUUGCUUCGUUGAAUGGAUUUCCUAUUAUUGUCGUCCUCUAGCAAGUUGUUCUGUCCUUCCGUCAUUUUGUCAAAAUCUGGUUGACACGUUACCGUUGUGUACAAGUUUCUAUGAAUACAUAUAAAUUGGAUUG